CUGGCUCCCUAACGGCCCCUGACCCGGAAGCGCUCUUGGCCAACAUGGCGGCGCCCAGCAGCGAGACGGAGCUGGCCGGGAGUCCGAUGCCGAUUGCCUGAGGGGAACUCCGACACUCAGAGGCAUGGGCUGGGUCCACGCCAUCCUGCUGGCCCGAGGCCUUGCCAGGGGCUGGGGCGGCGUCUGUGGGGCUGCCCUCUCUCAGGUGCCCCUCCAGGUCCCUCGGGGCCUCCACUGCAGCGCAGCCGCCCUCAGCUCCGAACUGUCGCUGGUGUCCCGCCCGCCGGACCCCCCGCGGAGGCCGGCGAGGGCCCUGGCGCCCCACGAGGAGCUGUUCAGACAGGCGCCGGGUGAGGAGCGGGACAAGGCGAGCUUCGUGCGGGCAGUGCGCAGCUUCGAGCAGCACAGCGUGCGCAAGCGCGGCCACGUGGACUUCAUCUACCUGGCGCUGCGCAAGAUGCGCGAGUUCGGCGUGGAGCGCGACCUGGCCGUCUACAACCUGCUGCUCGACAUCUUCCCCAAGGAGGUCUUCAAGCCUCGCAACGUCAUCCAGCGCAUCUUCGUCCACUACCCGCGGCAGCAGGAGUGCGGCAUCGCGGUGCUCCACCAGAUGGAGAGCCACGGGGUGAUGCCCAACAAAGAGACGGAGUUCCUGCUGGUGCAGAUCUUCGGGCGCAGAAGCUACCCCAUGCUCAAGUUCCUGCGCAUGAAGCUCUGGCUCACCCGCUUCAAGAACAUCAACCCCUUCCCUGUGCCCCACGAACUGCCCCAGGACCCCGUGGACCUGGCCAGGCUGGGGCUGCAGCACAUGGAGCCCGACCUCAGCGCCAGGGUCACCGUGUACCAGAUGCCUUUGUCCAGUGACUCCACAGGCUUGGCAGAUCCCACCCAGCCCUACAUUGUAGGAAUCCAGAGUCCCGAGCAGCAGGCCGCCCUGGCCCACCACAACCCAGCCCGGCCCAUCUUUGUCGAGGGCCCCUUCUCCCUGUGGCUUCGGGACAAGUGUGUCUAUUAUCACAUCCUCAGAGCUGACCUGCUGCCUCCGGAGGAGAGGGAGGUGGAGGAGAUUCCAGAGGAAUGGGACCUCUACUACCCCAUGCAGCUGGACCUAGAGUAUGCAGGGAGCGACUGGGGCAACUGCACAUUCGACGUGGAUGAAGUGGAGGAAGGCCCUGUCUUCGCCAUGUGCAUGGCUGGCGCCCACGACCAGGUGACACUGGGCAAGUGGAUCCAGGGCCUGCAGGAGACCAACCCAGUUCUGGCUCAGAUCCCCGUGGUCUUCCGCCUGGCCAGGUCCACGGGGGAGCUCCUAACCUCCUCCCAAGGGCUGGGAGAGCCACCACCGCCGCCCCCAUCUGAGGGCCAGGAGGAAGACGACGACCAUCUGCAGCGACAGCAGCAGGGGCAGAGCUGAGUCUGAGCCUGGGCCUGAGCCCAGGCGGGGGUCCGAGGAGGCCGUGGACUGCUGUGGGACUGAAAUGGCCUUUGAGCAUACAGCCAAUAAAUGUUUUCCUGCUUGG